GGUCCGUCAGUAGUGUGUCGUGAGAAGUGUCUGGUGGCUGCCACACGCACAUACAGUAGUUCGUCACGAUGGUCAUACUCUACGUCCUCCUCCUGGCGUCUGCGGUGAUGGGUGCUGUGAUUAAUACGACCACCACGGCGGCACCUAGUGUGACAAAAAAAGCCACCACGGCGGCAUCUAGUGUGACAAAAGAAGCCACCACAGAGGGAACUGAUGCAACAACAGAAUCCAACGCAACGGCAAAUGAGUCCGCCGAUUCGAUACCGACGGCGAUGACCGGAUCCUUGGUGGCAGCAUUGACGAACGCCAUCAACAAGUACUUAGAAGUCACUAAGGCAGUCGAUCAUGUUACCCAUUGUCCCUACCCCUACUCCAUUGUGCUAGACGAGUGCUUCUACAUCGGUCGCCAGAAAAUGAGCUGGAUAGACGCCCGGACCCACUGCCAAGGGAUGAAGGGUGACCUCGCCUCUCCUAACAACAUCUACGCCCUCAAAGCCUUCCUUAUCGACAAACUAGAUUCAGCCGCGGUGUUUGUGGGCGCCACCGAUCAAGAGAAGGAAGGUUCGUGGUCGUGGUUGGACGGGCGAAACAUUGUAGAAAACGAUUUUUCCGAAGGUGAACCAAACAACCAUAAAGGAAUUGAGAACUGCGCCGGAUUAGAUACAGAGAAGGUUCGGGUGCUCAAUGAUCGGGAUUGUUCGGAUCACAUACAGUUCGUGUGUGAGUUUCAACUAGGAGGGUGAGGAACUUCAGCGUGAUAGUGAGGAAGAACGACAUUAGUUGCUUCUGCUUCGCCCGAUGAUGAUGGUGAUCCUACAAUGAUGAUGAUGAUGAUGAUGACUGUCUCUUCACGUGUUGUUGUUUUUGUCUGGCUCUACCAAGCCACUCAAAUCAUUAAUGUUUAUUUUUGUGUACCUCUGAAUUAUUUCUGCCUUGCGUCCUUCAUAAAGAAAUAAUUUAAAUUAAUAUAUAAGAACACGAGGUAAA